AUGGAAAGAAUAAAUACAACUGCCAUCUCAGAGUUCCUCCUCCAGGGUUUGCCUCUUGAGCCAGAUCAGCAAGGAUUGGUCUAUGCCCUGUUCCUGGCCAUGUAUCUUACCACUGUCCUGGGGAACCUCCUCAUCAUCAUACUCAUUCGGCUGGACUCCCACCUUCACACGCCCAUGUAUUUGUUACUCAGCAAUUUGUCCUUCUCUGACCUCUGCUUCUCUUCUGUGACUGUUCCCAAGCUGUUGAAGAAUAUGCAGAGCCAAGACCCAUCUAUCUCCUAUGCAGGCUGCCUGACCCAAAUGUACUUCUUCCUGCUUUUUGCAGACCUGGAGAGCUUCCUCCUUGUGGCCAUGGCCUAUGACCGCUACGUGGCCAUCUGCUUCCCCCUGCACUACACCACUAUCAUGAGUCCUAGGCUCUGUCUCUCCCUGGUGGUGUUGUCCUGGGUGCUGACUGUGUUUAUCUCUCUGUUGCACACCCUGCUCAUGGCGAGGUUGUCUUUCUGUGCUGAUAAUUUGAUCCCUCACUUUUUCUGUGACAUGUCAGCUCUGCUGAAGUUGGCUUGCUCUGACAUUCAGAUAAAUGAAAUGGCAAUAUUUAUCUUAGGGGGACUUGUCAUAAUUGUCCCAUUUCUGUUGAUUUUU